AUGGGACCUAAACGAAAUAAGCUAGGUUUUCAACCAUCCACCUCAUUUGAUGAGAUAGUGCCAGAGAUUGAAGAUGAGAUAGUUGAGAAAUAUGCACAGCAACUUGGUGAUGAUGACACGGACCUACAUUUGGACAGAUUACCGCAAAUGUUGGAUGAGUUGGAUAUUCCUAACUGCUUCACCACUGAUAUUAAAGCAGCCGUUGAUUACUACUACCAGUUUAUGCAUGAUGGAAACUACACCAUUAACAAUAGCAACGUCAAACAACACAACACACUAGAGAUGCUUCUGUCAUUUACCAUCACUACAUCUAUACAAACACCAGCUGAUAUAUCCGAUAUAAUUGACAUUGAUAAACUAAUACAACACUUGAAUAAGUUAGUAAAAUUUCGAAAUCAUCAUCAACACAUUGCAUCUAGUUGGAAGAUGCUCAUCCAGGAAUCUGGUGAAUCUCCAGCAAACAUUGAAUUAUACCAGUUGACACUUCCUGGGUUGAAGAAUGUGAAAUCGUCAUUGAAUUUGGAUAAUGAUCCUCAAACUAAAGUACCAUUAAAUGAUGGGUUCUUGAUUGAUAUGUUGGGAUGCUGUCAACAUAAUGCAAAAAAGCGCUUGAUCAACUUUGCAUUUAAUAAACAAGGUGCAACUAUCAUGAUUAAGGACUUUGCUUUCAUUUUGGGUAAACUUGGUGAAUUAGAUGACGUAUAG